UUCUACACACAUAAACAUGAAUUGAUUGAAAGAAAAACGAUUAGGUCUAGACUAACUCAAGUCGAAUAAUGUUAUAAAACACUGACUAUGGCAGACGUCAGCUCUAUGUUGACGUGUGUCGUGUUGGUGACGUCAUUCAUCGCGUGCUGGGCUAAAACCUUGACCCCUCACGGGACGUGCUACAUCUUCCACGUGCCCUUCAUCAACGGCUACCCCAGACUUCUGCUCGUCACCGUCUCCACCCGCCCCAUCAAGGUCAACCUGACCUUGACCCACCAGCACGGCCUGAGCGCGGUGCUGACCUUGCAGAAAGCCGAGGUCACCAUCUACGACAUCAACCCGGAGUUCUUGUUCGCCGAGUCUGGCUUGACCAACGCCUUUAUACUGGAGUCAAAGGAAGAGUUUGGCGCACGUGUUGUACUCACGGACAGCCUCAGGUACCCGUCAAUGCUGGCCAGCUUCAACCUCGUGCCAUCUAAAGGCUUUGGUCAGCUCUACUACGUCAGUGCCAUCAGCGAUAAGCCAGCUAUAGUGGUGGUGAACGGACAUAAAAUUACCUUCGUCACCAUCGCUCUGAGGGGAGGGAGCUACAGCUACAGCGCUGGAAACUCUCUGCUCAACGACAGGCUCCACAUGGCGCUGUUACCGUGA